AUGGGAGAUCAACCGAUUACGAGGGCAGAGUUUGGCAGUUUAAAUGCGGCCGCCAAAGCUCUUUUAGAUCAGUUGACGGCGUUGACAGCUAAGAUUGACAACAUCAACAACAACAACCGCAACUACAACAACAAAAACAAUCAGAACAUGAGAUGUGAACCAAUUAGGGUUCAUGAGGGAAAUAAUCGAAUUAUCAAUGAUUCGAGUUUUUCAAAGAUGAAAGAAGUUGCUGUUGUAACUAAAAUCAACGAGAAUAAUAAAAACUCAGAUGACACCUCUCAAUUUACUCAGGUUCGUAGCGUAUGUGCAAGUCCUGCUUUUUCACUUUCAGAACCGUGUUUUUCUGAUGGCUUGACAUAUAAAUCUGACUUUUAUUCAUCGACAACAUCCCUCUCUAGCAUUUAUGGCAUAACAGACAAUUCAGCCCCAAGUUCUCCAUAUAUUAAUUCUGAUAUUCGUAGCAAUAUCAAAACAUCUCGUUUUGAAAAAGAGUACAAGAAGGAAUUGUCAUCAAAUAGGUCUAACAUACCACCUGAAGUCUCACUAUCGGAGGAAUGUGAAGAGGAAGUUCACGACAUUGUCGAAGUUUCUCAACCAUCUUCUGUUUCAACGGCAAUUCUCAUUGAAUCAAUACUGCUCGGCAUUGAAAAUUCACAGGGUGAUUCCCAACAAUCUCGGAUCCCAGCAAAACAUGUAGAAGAUAAUGAAAUUGUUGAAGAUUCUGAGGAAUCUUUCAGUUGUAAACAACAAACGCCGAGGUCAAACUUCAGAUUCACCCGUCAAGAGAUUGCCAACACUCUUCCAAUAGGAACGACUUUCUAUUCAAAACAACAAUUGGGUGAGGUAAAAUUUCAAUUACUUUCACCUAACCACUUCAAUGUGUUUGCACAAUCAGUUCUGUUAAGCUUCGACUGUCUCAAAUGUUUCGAUCCCGGUGGAUCGAUGCCGCUGUCGUUGCUGAACUUACUGCGGUCAUGA